AUGUCCCAAACAAGAAAUGACUGCUGGGGAGAGUGUGGCAUAAUAGGCUACUCGAGCCCGGACAUCUAUAACGAAAGGGCUCCCAUCCUUGGGUUAUACGACGUCCUCCGAGAGGACAUGGUUAUGGACGAAGCUCAGGUCAACACCGACACAGCAUCUCGGUCGCCACACAAAAUCUCGCAAAAUUCACCAACACCUAGCCAAAUCACUGUAGAUAUCGUCCACGAUAUUUCUGAAAAUGUUUUUAUGCUGGGCCAUGGAUCUAUCCCGACCAAUUUCCUAAUAAGCAAGACGCAUCGCCUCCUGCGCACACCGCGCUGGGCCCAAUCCAGCGGACCACCUAGAGCUGACCUCGUCUCGACUUUCCACUCCCAAUACCGUUUGGCAAACAUUAAACAGCCGGAAAUCAUCAACGAGCAAAAAGUAAAGGCGCCUAGGACGAGUGGGAUACGGGCCCAAUAUAGCACAGCUGACCUUUAUAACCAUCCAUUCUCUCGAUUCCGUAUCAUACCACCUAUUCAUAUAGUUCACGCUUUCACUGGCCACCACUUUGUCAUCGUUCCUCCUAAACCCGGAUUCCGACUAGUCCAACUUUCCACGGCAGACUGGGGUACCACCGGUCCUACUACUGCAGUGACCACGGAAACCGAUGCACAAGCUGAGAUAUCUGGUCUCGGUGCUCACGAUGAGACCGCUUCGAUGCAAGAUCCCGAAAACAAUAUCUUCGCGGCCUGCCAACGAGGAGACCUCACCAUCGUCAAAAAUCUGAUCGAGUCAGGUCAAGCAAGCGUAAACGAACGUGAUCCACAAAAUAUUUCACCAUUACACUGGGCGGCUAUCAAUGCUCAUCUACAUAUCUGCCGUUAUCUUCUCGAUCAGGGUGCUGAAGUGGAUGUCAUUGGCGGCGAACUAGCUGCCACGCCGUUGCAAUGGGCUGCCAGGAAUGGCCACCUAUACGUCCUCCACCUAUUACUCUCUCAUAAUGCGGACCCGACUAUCAAGGACUCGCAGGGCUAUGACAGUCUUCAGCUCACGACACAUUCUUCUUCCGUCAUGUCUCUACUCUAUAUGCUCCAGCAGCCCGUGAGCGUCAAUUGCAGGGAUUUACAAGUGGGUAGAUCCGACUUCUAG